AUGUGGUGGAAUCAUGCGAUUGUAACACACGUUCUGGUGGCCUUGUUUGGAAUGGGAUCGUGGAUAUCUGUAAAUUCACUGUGGGUUGAGCUGCCUGUGGUUGUGAACAUCUUACCAGAAGGAUGGAAUCUUCCAGCCUAUCUCUCUGUGCUCAUCGCCUUCGGGAAUCUGGGACCAGUGGCCGUUACUUUAACUCAUCACUUUGCUCCGGGGCGACUGAACGAACGCUUGGUGAUUCACAGCAUACAGGCGCUCGCAGUGGUUGCUUCGGUUUUCCUCGCCAUCUUCUGGUCCCGCGUGACCACAGUAGCCGGGGAGCUGAGAUCUGUGCCGUACCUGCUGUUGGCUUUUGUUCUGUCGUUUGUUUGCUGCACCUCCAACGUCACCUUUUUACCUUUUAUGUUCCGAUACCCUCCUGAGUACAUCCGCACCUUCUUCGUGGGGCAGGGUCUCAGUGCACUGUUUCCCUGUAUAGUGGCGUUAGGGCAGGGUGUGGGGAAGCUGGACUGCAUCGAGACAGGAAACGGCACAGAGUCUCGCACUUAUAAAGAGAACUUCCCAGCGGAAGACUUCUUCUGGUUCCUGUUCGUGAUGCUGACUGUAUCGGCUCUCUGCUUUCUCGCACUGACGUAUAGAACAGUGAAACCGGCUGAAGAUAAUAAAGCCACUCAGGCACCGGAUCAAGAACAGGAACAGAAGGAGCAAGGUGAGGGUCACCUAUUGCAAAACGGAGGGUCACCAGUGUCGGAGGAGCAGGUGGAGGUGGAGGUGGUUAAGCAGGCUCCUGCUGUGUCCUUCUGGACUUUGAACAACAUCUACCUGCUUCUGCUUCUCGGAAUUUCUAAUGCAUUAACGAAUGGAGUGCUGCCAUCUGUGCAGAGCUUCUCCUGCCUUCCUUAUGGAAACAUGGCCUUUCACCUCUCCGUCGUCUUGGGAAACAUCGCCAACCCUUUGGCGUGCUUCGUGGCCAUGUUUGUUCUGCUAAGGUCUAAUGCUGGUCUGGGUGUUCUGUCUCUGGCGGGAGGUGUGUUUGCAUCUUAUCUCCUGGCUCUGGCUGUUCUCAGUCCCUGCCCUCCUCUUCUAGGAAGUAAUGCAGGAGUUACUUUGGUUGUGAUUUCCUGGAUCAUCUUCACCGGGCUGUUCUCCUACCUGAAGGUGGUGGUGGGUUCUCUGCUGCACGAGGCCGGUCACGCUGCUCUGCUCUGGUGUGGAGUCUUUAUUCAGGCUGGAUCUCUGAUCGGAGCGCUCUCUAUGUUCCCUCUGGUCAGUGUCUAUCACGUCUUUCAUCGAGCUCAGGACUGCGUUAACAACUGCAGCUAG